GCCUCGGGAACAGCCCUCUUCUCUGGUUCCUAUACAGGCUACUGAGACGGAGCGCAAGGUCGAGAUCUGUAGCAGAGCCUAUCGUCUCCUGGUAACUCAAGUGGGCUUUGACCCCAACGACAUCAUCUUUGACCCCAACAUCCUGACCAUCGGCACGGGCAUGGAGGAACACGGCGAGUACGCCAUCAACUUCAUCCGAGCCACCAGGCUCAUCAAGGAGUUGUUGCCUGGGGCCAGGAUCAGUGGAGGCCUGUCCAACCUGUCCUUCUCCUUCAGAGGCAUGGAGGUCAUCAGAGAGGCCAUGCAUGGCGCCUUCCUCUAUCACGCCAUCAAGGACGGUAUGGACAUGGGCAUAGUGAACGCUGGCAGCCUGCCUGUCUAUGAUGAUAUUGACAAGGAGCUCCUGCUCAUGUGCGAGAAUCUCAUCUGGAACAAAGACCCGGAGGCCACAGAGAAACUACUGCUGUACGCACAGAGCUGUGCCAAAGGAGGGAAGAAGGUGGUCCAGACGGAUGAGUGGCGAGAGGGAACUGUGGAGGAGAGGCUGGAGUAUGGGCUCAUCAAGGGUAUAGAUAAGUAUGUGGUAGAGGAUACAGAGGAGGCCAGGUCCCAGGCUGAGCUCUAUCCGAGGCCCCUACACGUCAUCGAGGGGCCCCUGAUGAACGGCAUGAAGGUGGUGGGGGACCUGUUUGGAGCUGGGAAGAUGUUCCUACCUCAGGUAGGGGGGGAAGAGAUGGAGGAGUGCACAGAUCCUAGAUAUCCUCAGGUAGGGGGGAAGAGAGAGGAGUGCACAGAUCCUAGAUAUCCUCAGGUAGGGGGGAAGAGAUGGAGGAGUGCACAGAUCCUAGAUAUCCUCAGGUAGGGGAGAAGAGAUAUC